GUCCACCAUUCCCUUCCCCUUCCCCACGCUUUUUCGAAACCUUCACCGCCAUGUCGCGACUGGGGGACUCCCUGCCGGCGCAACGCCGUGCGUGGGCGGACAUUGCCAGCGACGACGAGGAGCCGGUGGGCUUCGCUUUCAAGGAGCCGCCGCUCCAGGAGCGAGGGGUUUCACCGCGGGAGAACGCGGAAGCACUGGACGACCAGUCCGAGGCAAAUAGCGUGGAGGACUCUCAGGAGGUAGCUUGGCGAAACGAGAAGGAAGCUGACGAGGAGGUGGAGGAGACGACGGCGGAGGAGCACGCGGAGCAAGCGGAAGAGGAAGAGGAGCAAGAAGAGGAUCCAUGGAAGGAGGAUGAAUGGAAGGAAGAUGAAUGGAGGGAGGAAUGGAACGAGGACUGGAAGGAGGAAGAAUGGAAGGAGGAGGAAUGGAAGGAGGAAAAGGAGGAGGAGCAGGAGGAAGAGAAGGAGGAGGAAGGGAAGGAGGAGGAAGAGAAGGAGGAGGCAAAACAGGAAGGGGUAGAGCAAGCUUCUCCGGAUCAGCCAGAGAGGAGAAGAAAUGAGUCGCAGGACCUCCCGCUGCUGGACUCGGCCCUGGUCCUGGCGCAGCGCCUGCGUUGCCUCGCCCAGGAGCUGCCGGAGCCGGCAGACCAGGAAGCUAGCACGGAGCUUGCGGCGCACGAUGUGGAGCGCAUGCAGAGCACCCGCGCGCGCCUCGAGCGGCACCGCCGGAACCGGGAGAAGCUCAGUCUGCUGCCUGGCAAAGAGGCGGAGCUGCAAGCGAGCAAGUCACGGCUGGCGAAGCUUCGGCAGGAGCUGAUGGACUGCGUGAAGGCGCGGGAGGCUCGCAGCCAGCAGCAGGCGGAGGAGGUGGCGGGCCUGGAGCGCGAGGUCCAAGUCGACGCGGAGGAGGAGGAGAUGCAGGCGACGCAGCACCAGGAGGCUGAGCUGCGGAAGGUGAAGGCGGAGAACCAGGAGCUGCUGCGAGCGGCGCAGCAGGUGAGGAACGAGGACACCGGCUCUAAGAAGGAGCUGGAGGGAGGCAGCGUCGCAGAUAGCUGGACCUUCUACUUUAAGUACUUCAAGACCCAGCAGUACGGACCUGACGCGUCCCCGCGCUCCGGGGUCGCUCGCUUGCGCGAUGUUCACCGCUUGAGCGACGCGGAGCUCCGGGAGGGCCUGGCCCUGCUGCAGGAGGAGCUGGCGCGACGUGAGGACGCCAGCCGUGGCCUCGAAAUGACGGAGGAGCAGGAUUGA